UCCGCCAUGAGCGCCACGAGCUCGUCCUUCUUCGGGUCAAACGGGAAGAAGAAGCCCGCCGCCCGGAACCCCUUCGACUCCGACUCCGACGACGACGGCGGCAUGCUCCAGCAGAGGCCGCCCGCGCGGGCCUCCUCCGUCCCGACCCCCGCCGUCGAGGCCGACCAGCGGGGCGCCCUAUACGCCGCCGCCGCCGCCGCGGGCCCCGGGCCGUCCGGGUUCGCGUCCUCGUCGUCCGCGGCGGCGGUCAGGGGCCGGUACAGGAACGACUUCCGGGACUCGGGGGGCGUGGAGGCGCAGUCGGUGCAGGAGCUGGAGGGCUACGCGGCCUACAAGGCCGAGGAGACCACGCGCCGGGUCGACGGCUGCCUCCGGGUCGCCGAGGAGAUGCGGGACACCGCGUCAAAGACCCUGCUCCAGGUGCACCAGCAGGGCCAGCAGAUCACGCGGCGGGCGCGAGCAGCACGAGGGAUGCGGCGGCGAGCGCCGAGGAGGCCGAGGGCGAGGGCGAGGGCGGCGGGUGCGAGCAGCACGAGGGAUGCGGCGGCGAGCGCCGAGGAGGCCGAGAGCGAGGGCGAGGGCGAGGGCGGGGGUUUUCUGCUAAAACAUGCCACGUCGGCACCUGACGGGCGGGCCCCGCUAGUCAGAUACACCGUCAAUACGUGUUUAUACGCAGUUUAGACCUAUUUGCAAAAAUCUAGAGCAAUGUUGGUACUGACACGCAAAAAUUAGCAAUCGUGGUACCAAUCUGUAUGUGAUGCCCGAAUUGUGGUACUUCUGUGCAAUUAACUCCGCGCGAGCUCCGGAUCGCCUACAUGUUCGACGACUCCUCCAGCGUCGUCCCCGUCCAGAUCGUCAAGGUUUGGAACGGCGCGCAUUCCUACGACGCCCCACGUGCGUCUCUUCCAGGCCCCGGCGGCGUCGGCCUGACCCUGACGGAUGCGGGGUGCAGAGUGCGUGCUCUGUUUGGUUGUGCCUGAAUCCAUGCAAUGGUUAUGUUCAACUUCUUGAGUUAUGUUGGUAUUACUUAGUACUAGUAGUAGUUCUCUGUUAUGGUUACGCUCUGUUUGUGUGUUCAUGCCUCCAUGCGAUGGCUAGUGGCGUGCGUGUGUGUGUGCGCGUUGAAUCCUGGAUGGAUCAAGGGAUGAUGA